AUGUCGCUUGCGGAUGAGCUUUUGGCAGAUUUAGAAGAUGAGGAAUUAGUGGAGGAAACAGAACAAGAUGGAGGAGAAGGCUUAGAAGAAGUGGAUGAACAACUACCAUCCAUGAGUGUCUAUGAUCGAGUUGGAUCCGUGGCAAAAUUACUAGGGAAUCAAAAUUACAAGGAUCUUAUCAACAAGAUGCAGGAGCAACUAAAUUUGAAAGAAAUUCCGCCAGUUACAAAGCCACUGGAAGCAGAUCCACAGUACAAAUUGAUUGUGGAACUUUCUGGGCUUGCGGCUGAAGUGGAUCAGGAAUUGAACGUUAUUCAUAAGUUUGUACGUGACAAAUAUGAAAAACGUUUUCCUGAAUUAGAAUCUCUGGUGCCAAAUGCAUUAGAAUAUUUAGCAACUGUAAAGCUUCUGGGAAAUGAUAUUUCGACUAAAGGACAAAAUAAACAAAUUUUGAGUGAAAUUUUGGCGCCCGCUACGUGCAUUGUAGUUAGUGUGACAGCAUCAACUACACAAGGAAAAGCAUUGGAACCAGAUGAAUUGGCAGCAGUACAAGAAGCUUGCGACAUGGCUGAGCAAUUGCACACCGACCGACUUAAUAUGUAUCAGCUGGUUGAAUCGAGGAUGGCGCUUAUUGCGCCGAAUUUGUGCGAAAUUUUGGGAGCUGGUACAGCAGCAAUGAUCGUCGCUAAAGCUGGAGGUCUUGCUCCACUGGCUCGUCUUCCCGCUUGUAAUGUCCUAAUUCUUGGUGCGCAGAAAAAAACGCUGAGUGGUUUUAGUUCGACAGCUGUGUUGCCGCAUGCUGGUUUCCUUUUCUUUCAUCCUAUUGUACAAGGAGUUCCACCAGACUUAAGACAAAAAGCUUCUCGCUUAUUGGCAGCCAAAACAACGCUCGCUGCUCGUGUUGAUUUUAUUCAUGAAUCAUCCGAUGGAUCAAUUGGAAAAAGCUUAUUUGAACAAAUAAAGCAGAAAAUAGAAAAGAUGUUGGAGCCUCCUCCAGUAAAGGCUGCAAAACCUCUACCGAAGCCUUUAGAUAAGGCUAGCAAAAAACGAGGAGGUCGUCGAGUAAGAAAGAUGAAAGAACGACUGGGCAUGACGGAGUUAAGGAAAAAAUCGAAUCGCAUGAAUUUUGGUGAGUUAGCUGAAGAUGUUAUCCAAGAAAAUAUGGGAUUCUCUCUUGGGCAAGCAUUGAGUGGUCCAUCUUCUGGAAGCCGGAUCAGAAGUGCUACAAUUGAUCCGAAAACAAGAGCCAGGAUGUCACAAAAACUUCAAAAAACAAUGGAACGACAGCGAUCAAUGGGUGGUGUAACGUCGAUCCGUUCACGAGCGGCAGGCACUGCUUCAAGUGUAACUUUCACUCCCGUUUUGGGACUAGAGAUUGUAAACCCAACAGUGAAACCUGAUCAUGUUGGUUCCUCUUCUACAACUUACUUUUCACCUUCUGCCUCAUUUGUGAAAGUUCAGACUCCGAUGUUACGGCAUUAA